CUGGGACACAGACACGGACACAGACACGGGCACACGGAAGCGCACCCCGCGCCGCAAACAUGGCGUUGGUGCCCUGCCAGGUGCUGCACGCCGCCAUCCUCCUGUCCUAUUGCUCCAUCCUGUGCAAUUACAAGGCAAUUGAUAUGCCCGCGCAUCAGACCUAUGGAGGCAGCUGGAAAUUUCUGACCUUCAUAGACCUGGUUAUCCAAGCUGUCUUCUUUGGGAUUUGUGUCUUGACUGACCUGUCCAGUCUUCUCACUAGAGGGAAUGACAGUCAAGAGCAAGAGAGGCAGCUGAAAAAACUAAUUUCCCUCCGUGACUGGAUGAUGGCUGUUCUAGCUUUCCCUGUGGGAGUGUUUGUUGUGACGAUGUUUUGGAGCAUCUAUAUCUAUGACAGGGAACUGGUUUACCCAAAGCUGCUUGAUAAUUUUAUACCAGCAUGGCUAAAUCAUGGAAUGCACACAACAGUUUUGCCCUUUGUAUUAAUCGAGAUGAGAACAACACAUCAUCAGUAUCCCAGCAGGAGCUGUGGACUUGCUGCAGUGUGCACCUUCGCUGUUGGCUAUAUUUUAUGGGUGUGCUGGAUUCACCAUGUUACAGGAGUGUGGGUGUACCCACUUCUUGAGCACCUCAGCCCGGGUGUUAAAAUAAUCUUUUUUGCAGCUGUUACCAUAGUAAUUAAUGUAUUCUACUUGGUGGGAGAAGUCCUGAACAACUACAUCUGGGAUACACAAAAAUGUAUUGAAGAAGGAAAAGAAAAGCCAAAAUUGGAGUGAACAAUAAGAGGCAACACAGAGGAUUGUUUUUGGUUCCAUGGAAGAUUUCUCAUCCCCAGCAGAGCUUGGCCUGGAGAGGAAUCUUUUGGAAAGGAGGAAGUUUCAUGGGUCCACUUCUCAGUGCAAGGAUACUUUUGGAUUUUAUAUGGGGGGAAACUGAUUUUAGCUGAGAAUAAUAUUAAUGUUUCAACCUUCAAUUUCUCCAUGCUUGCAUGUGACAUAUACAUAUAAGAUGUAUAUUUAUCUCCAAGGCAUUCUCAAUGUGCAUUUCUUGAAUCAAAUAAAUCAUUAAACCAUUAAGUCAUUAGAUCUUUUUACUUCUGCCAAGAAGAACAAUGAGUCCAUUCUCUGUAUUGUUUGAGAAAAGGUUAACCAGAUAGGUUGAAUACAGGGAAACAAAGCAAUCCUAUAUAUUUCAAAUUACAGCAUAGAAGUUAAUUGCAUGAAUGUAUCUAAAGAAGAGUUCAGUCUGACUGAAGUAUUAAUGUAACACUAUGUAACAGUUGCCUUAAAUUCGUUAUGUUAAUAAUUUUACCAGUCCAGUGAAAUCUUA